CCAUUUUAUUAUUAGUCUUCCCUUCUUAUCUCUCCUCCUUCCCUUUCACUAUUCUGCUUUGUUUAUGCCAGUGCAUAUAUCAAUCAGACAUUCAUGCUAUAUAUAAACUCAGUUUCUUUCAAAGUGCUUGUAUUGUUUCAGUUGGUAAUUUGUUUCAUUGUUUAUGCUCUUGAUAGUCAGUUUUCAUGCAACUUUAUAUGUCCUUCUGGGGUUUAAUUGAUGUAGUUGAUGCAAUGGAAUCGUUCUGAGGCUUGGUGGGCAAAAUUUUAUAUUGGGUUUUUAUUACUCAAUCAAUCGGAUUGUAAAGUUUGGAUCUUGAGCUUUUGCAUGUUGAGGUCACAGUAGACGGGUGGUUGUUUCUUCGCAGUGAAGAUGAUGAGGGGAAGAGCUCAUGGGAACCAAAAGAAUCAGUUGGUUAUUGCAGUAGUAGUUUUAGUGAUCUUCUGCGGUUUUCUUUACAUUUAUUCUCGAAAAGAUGGUUCAUCUGCUUUAGCGUAUGGCACAAAUUCUUUAAGAAAAUUUGGUUCUUCUUAUUGGGGUGGGGAUGAUGGUGCUGGCGAAUAUGAAAUGGAUGGUGUUAUGCUAAAGAGCAUUCCAGUUUGUGAUGAUCGACUUUCGGAGUUGAUUCCUUGCUUAGACAGGAAUCUCAUAUACCAGACAAGGUUGAAGCUGGAUCUAGCCCUGAUGGAACACUACGAGAGACACUGCCCGGUGCCGGAGAGACGCUAUAAUUGUUUGAUUCCUCCUCCACCAGGGUACAAGAUACCAAUCAGAUGGCCAAGAAGCAGAGAUGAGGUUUGGAAAGCAAAUAUACCUCAUACCCACCUUGCAACUGAGAAGUCUGACCAGAACUGGAUGGUCGUCAAAGGUGAAAAGAUUGCAUUUCCUGGAGGAGGAACUCACUUCCACUAUGGAGCUGAUAAGUACAUUGCAUCAAUUGCUAAUAUGCUCAAGUUUCCAAAAAAUAAUUUAAACAAUGGGGGGAGGAUCCGGACAGUCCUUGAUGUUGGUUGUGGAGUUGCCAGUUUUGGAGGAUACCUGCUUUCCUCUGACAUUAUUACAAUGUCAUUAGCACCAAAUGAUGUUCAUCAAAACCAAAUCCAGUUUGCCUUAGAGAGAGGAAUUCCUGCAUAUCUUGGGGUUUUAGGGACAAAGAGACUCCCUUACCCAAGUAGAUCUUUUGAAUUUGCGCAUUGCUCCCGCUGUAGGAUUGAUUGGCUUCAAAGGGAUGGCAUCCUUCUCCUUGAGCUGGAUAGGUUACUCAGACCAGGAGGCUAUUUUGCUUACUCAUCUCCUGAAGCCUAUGCACAGGAUGAAGAGGACCUGAGAAUAUGGAGUGAGAUGAGUGCCCUUGUGGAACGCAUGUGUUGGAAAAUAGCUUCUAAAAUGAACCAAACUGUUAUUUGGGUGAAGCCCCAGACUAAUGAUUGUUACAUGGAAAGAAAGUCUGGUACCCUACCUCCCCUCUGCAAAUCCGAUGUUGAUCCAGAUGCUGUGUGGGAUGUGCAUAUGGAAGCUUGCAUCACACCUUACUCUGACCAAAUCCAUAGAGCAAGAGGAAGGGGUUUGGCCCCUUGGCCUGCUCGAUUAACGACUCCAACUCCCCGUCUAGCUGAUUUUGGCUAUUCUGAUGAAACGUUUGAAAAGGACACGGAAGUCUGGCAACGAAGAGUUGAAAAUUACUGGAAUCUUUUGGGCUCGAAGAUCGAGUCUGACACCCUUAGGAACUUGAUGGACAUGAAGGCAAACAUGGGUUCAUUUGCAGCUGCUCUGAAGAACAAGGAUGUCUGGGUUAUGAAUGUGGUGCCAGAAGAUGGACCUAACACUCUUAAGAUAGUGUAUGACCGAGGCUUGAUUGGCACAGUUCACAACUGGUGUGAAGCCUUCUCAACCUACCCACGAACUUAUGAUCUACUUCAUGCUUGGACCAUCUUCUCUGAUAUUCAAAGGAAAGGCUGCAGUGCUGAGGACCUAUUGAUCGAGAUGGACCGGAUACUUAGGCCUAAAGGUUUCAUCAUUGUCCGCGACAAACGAUCGGUUGUGGAGUUCAUAAAGAAUUAUCUCCAGAUGUUACACUGGGAGACAGUGGCUACAGCUGAUGCAGUCCAAGACUCCGAGCAAGACGGGGAUGAUACAGUGCUCAUUGUCCAAAAGAAGAUCUGGCUUACAAGUGAGAGCCUCAGGGAGUUGGAAUAACAUGAAACACUACUGGCUUCCAGUCUCCUGCUUGUUAGCACACAAAGUGGAAAAAGAUUUAGAAUUACGUCCAAUUAUAUUUGCUCAAGAGAAUAAAAGAACGUUAGCAAUAGAAACUAGAGGUGCACCUACUCCCAAUAAUGCCUUAUAGAUGAAAGAUACCGGCUUUGUAUUUAUAGGCUAGGUCAUGUACCUCAAUUAAAAACUUUUCGUUAAUUAUUUCUCCUAUAAAGGAAUAAAAAUCAAUUCCAAUUAUAAUUUUACAAAUAA